GCCACAGCCUUUCACAUGCCCUUGGCCUUGGCAGUGGCGCAGUCGGGCCAGGCCUAUGCCAACCUACCGCUGCAGGCCACAAGCACCUUCUACUGGUGGGUGCCAGACCCGACUUUCCUCGAGUUGCAACCGAUUGAGGUGCAGUUCCCGCCCUAUGACUUCAACGCGUGGGCUCGUGGCGACAAGCGGACGGGCAUCAGCGAUUCGCCUAUCAGCAAGCUCGUGAGUCAGGAUUUGUCUACCCUCGCGCCCCGUGUGGAGGACCUCGUGAGGAACGUGCGCUUUCACAUGAGCGAUGUCAACAGAAUGAUGAAAGACCAGAAAGACACGGGGGACUCGUUCGCGGAG